GGCGGGCUUUUUGAUGAAGGGCCGGCCGUGGGAAAGAUGGCGGUGGCUCUAAGAUCCUUCUGGUGGCAGCGGUGGCGGCGGCGCCCAUGGGCUCGGGAUGAGGCCGGGAUGUUGCUCCUUCUCCUUUUGCUGGGGUCUGGGCCUGGGCCUCGGCAGGUCAGGGCGGGGCAGGCGGUCGAGUACUUGAAACGGGAGCAUUCGCUGUCGAAGCCCUACCAGGGUGUGGGCACCAGCAGUUCCUCGAUGUGGAAUCUGAUGGGCAAUGCCAUGGUGAUGACUCAGUAUAUCCGCCUCACUCCAGAUAUGCAAAGUAAACAGGGUGCCUUGUGGAAUCGGGUGCCAUGUUUCCUGAGGGACUGGGAGCUGCAGGUACACUUCAGGAUCCAUGGACAAGGGAAGAAGAACCUGCAUGGGGAUGGCUUGGCAAUCUGGUACACAAAGGAUCGAAUGCAGCCAGGGCCUGUGUUUGGAAACAUGGACAGAUUUGUGGGGCUGGGAGUAUUUGUAGACACCUACCCCAAUGAGGAGAAGCAGCAAGAGGCCCAGAAGAGGCGCUAUUCUCCAGGAGUCCAGCGGGUAUUCCCCUACAUCUCAGCCAUGGUGAACAACGGCUCCCUCAGCUAUGACCAUGAGCGGGAUGGACGACCCACAGAGCUGGGGGGCUGCACAGCCAUAGUGCGCAAUCUCCAUUAUGACACCUUCCUCGUGAUUCGCUAUGUCAAGAGGCAUCUGACGAUAAUGAUGGAUAUCGAUGGCAAACAUGAAUGGAAGGACUGCAUUGAGAUGCCUGGGGUCCGUCUGCCCCGGGGCUAUUACUUUGGCACUUCCUCCAUCACUGGGGACCUCUCUGAUAAUCAUGAUGUCAUUUCCCUGAAGUUGUUUGAACUGACAGUGGAGAGGACCCCAGAAGAAGAGAAGCUGCAUCGAGAUGUUUUCCUGCCCUCUGUAGACAAUCUGAAGCUGCCUGAGAUGACAGUCCCACCAACGCCCUUGAGUGGCCUGGCCCUCUUCCUUCUCGUCUUUUUCUCUCUGGUGUUUUCUGUAUUUGCCAUUGUCAUUGGGAUCAUACUCUACAACAAAUGGCAGGAACAGAGCCGGAAGCGCUUCUACUGAGCCCUGCUGUCACUCCCUCCACUACUUCACCCAUGAGGCGUGGGAAGAGCAAGGGCUGGUCUGAGCACACAGCCUGGCAAGUCUGCUUGCGUGUCCAGCUGUUGGUCAGGGACUGUGUUCUGUCACUGGAGCUUCAGAUGCAGGGAUUCUGCAUCCCCAUGGUUAUCCAUGGGGACAUCUAACUGGUCCAGGAUGCCACCACCCAGGGCUAUGCUGCUGUGAUGUGCCUUUCCUUGAAGUCUUUCCACUUGGGAGUGAAGAGAGAUGGAAAAAUAUGUGUAUUGUGACACCCAAAUCACAGAAUUGGAAAGUCCAGGCAUGAAUUGGACUCGGCUGGCCCUUCUACUUCAUUUUUAAAUCCACAAAUAGAAAACUGGAACUCAUACAAUCUGGAAAUCCACUUUUGCUUUCUGCCCAUGCCUCUUUCUACCUGAGGACCUUUCCUUGGCAGUCUGGAUGGAAACGCUCCCUGCCUUACCUGCCUGUCUCCCUCGCUCAUUGUGUUCUUCAUAUGCAUCCUGAGCCUGAAAAGACAUUUGGAUGUCUGCAUUAGGACUUAACUGCAGAGUAAACUUAGGUUUCACUACUCUCCUUAGUGGCCUGGGCUUUUAGCUCAGUGCUUUGGCCUCUGCUCUCUGCUGGGUGGAUCUUGAGUGCUGGUGUAUGUCUUUAGCUUUCCUAGUCAGAUCCUUUUAGGCCUUUGGUCAGGUUUAGCUAAAAGUUGGUAUGCAAGUGAAGAGAAGCUUGUACAACUUCUUGAAUGUCUUGAGCAUAACUGUGAAGUCAGCCAGAUCCAAGUGACCCACAGAAAGCAACAUCUGUCAUGUCGGAUCACAUGGAGGUGUUUAUGGACUUACCAGAGCCUGCUUAGCUGCAUGUUUUGUGUUUAUCAUGAUUUUUGGGACUCUUGCUUUGAGUGUUGGAAGUGUAAGAAAACUUUCUUAUUACUAGGCUUGGGUACUCCCCCGGGAGGAGAUUUGGCUUCUUUUUCUUAAUUAGAAGAGUUGCUGAUCUCAUGUUACAAGUCUGAGAGCAAAAGACCUUCAUCCUCUGUGCCUGGAAGAAUUCUGGUCAUUGAGCA